AUGUUGCAGCAGAGAGGACAGAAGGACCUCAGCCUGGACCUCAGCCAGGACCUCAGCCAGGACCUCAGCCUGGACCUCAGCCUGGUCCUCAGCCGGGACCCACUGUCCUGUGUGGACCUAAGUGGGAACCUUAGCCGGGACCUCAGCCUGGACCUCAUCCAGAACCUCAGCCUGGACCUCAGCCAGGACCUCAGCAGGAACUUCAGCCUAGAACUCAGCAAGGACCUUAGAUUAAGACCCUUACAGGGUCCAGGGAACAGGGCCAUGUUCCCCAUCCCCACCAUGACUGCGCAGGACGUAGGGGGAUAUCAAUGCUACCAUCAGAGCCCUGCUGGCUCCUCUCAGCACAGUGACCCCCUGGAGCUGGUGGUGACAGAUUUCUACAGCAAACCCAGGCUCUCAGCCCUGCCCAGCCCUGUGCUGACCUCAGGAGGGAACGUGACCCUCCAGUGUGGCUCAUGGAAGGAAUUUGACCGCUUUAUUUUGGUGAAGGAAGGAGAACACAACCUCACCUGGACCCUGGACUCACAGCGACACCCCAGUGGGCAGUUCCAGGCCCUGUUCCCUGUGGGCCCCGUGACUCCCACCCACAGGUGGACAUUUACAUGUUAUGGCUAGUAUAGGAGCAAGCCCCAGGUGUGGUCAAUUCCCAGUGACCGCCUGGACCUCCUGGUCUCAGGGGUGUCCAGGAAGCCCUCCCUCCUGACCCAGCAGGGCCCUGUCCUGGCCCCUGGAGAGACCCUGACCCUCCAGAGUCACUCAGACGUCACCUAUGACAGAUUCACUCUUUCCAAGGAGAGGACACAGGACCUCCCCCAGCGCCCUGCCCAGCAGCCCCAGGCUGGGCUCCCUCAGGCCAACUUCCUGCUGGGCCCUGGGAGCAGCUCCCACGGGGGUCAGUACAGGUGCUACGGUGGACACAGCCUCUCCUCUGAGUGGUCAGCAACCAGUGGCCCCCUUAACAUUGUGGUCACAUAUAAAAAUCCCAGGGGACAGCUCCCUGUCACACCCUCCCUCUCAGUGCAGCCUGGUCCCACAGUGUCCUCAGGGGAGAACGUGGCUGCAUCUGGUGCCCCCCAGGGUGUGACCUACACCCAGCUGAAGGACCUCAAGCUCAGGCAGGGGACAGCCACUCCUCCUUCCUUUCAAGGACAGGAGCCUCCCACUGAGCCCAGUGUCUACACCACCCUGGCCUUCCACUAG